AUGGCGUCCAUGCCGCGCGUCCGCUCUGGAGGGGGACGCGCGAUGAAAAUUGUUACGACGUUGCGUUGGUCACAAUAUGUGCAGUCCCGCAUAAACCUGUCGGAGAGCAUAAAACCUGUCGGAGAGAAGAUUUGGUCCCUCUGUUCUGUCUGUUUGCUUUUCCCAUCCUUUCACGUGCGUGUCGAGGGACGUCCGCGAUUCCGCGGCGGGGCAGUGUUUGCAGCGCGCGCGGACCCCGCACGCGUCUGGCUCCGCGACGGAACCCUUCGAGGGACCUUCACGCAGCGCGCGCGCAUCGAUGACGACGGCGCGUCCGUGACGACGAAGGCGCGAGACGGAGCGCGAAGUCAACAUCAAUCAGGGUUAACACUUCCUCCGACGAUUAAUUUAAGGGCCGAGAUGCCUCGACGCGACGCGGACGCGGAGCCCGCGUCCGCGGACGCCGACGACGUCGACGGCGCGAUGGAAGACCACACGACGGAGCCGACGGACGAGCGCGAGAUCCUGAGCUGGUUCCUGUACGACUGCGGCUCGAGCCCGAUAGGCGUCACGGCGAUCUCGUUCUGGUCGCUCCUGAUCACGCUCCUCGCGAAAGAGCAGGCCGCGGGGAACGCGGAAGGGAUCGCGUGGAGGAAAGUCCACGCCGCGGGCGACGUCUGCGAGGGCGUCUGCUACGGGACCGCCGGGUGCCUUCGAUACGAUCGCGACCUGUACCCGUCCAUGGAGUUCGAGCGCCCGGACGGCAUGGACAGCGCGUGCGAGUGGUUCCCCGUGAACGGCGACGUCGGCCCGAACGACGUCGACUACGGCACCGUGGUCGUCUUCUGCAACGUCAGCGCGCAGCUCGCGUGCGGCUUGAUCCUCGUCUUCUUCGGCACGCUCGGCGACUUCGGCUCGUUUCGGUACAAAGGCUUAGGCGCGUUCGAGUCACACUGGUCCCCGUACGACCGCGUCGGCGUGGCGAACGCCGAUCCUUAA